AUGGCGCAUGCUGCAGCAAGCAUCAAAAAGGCCAGAGUGGAGAUGGAACAGGCUCACGAUUUGAAAGCAUUAGAGAAAGCUUGUGAGACAAGAAGGCGCUCUCGUGAAAAAGCAGAGCGCAGGUGUAAGUCAGACAGCAACACCAGUUUCCUUCGAGCAGCAAGAGCAGGAAAUAUGGACAAGGUUCUGGAGUAUUUGAAGGGCGGAGUAGACAUCAGCACUUGUAAUCAGAAUGGCCUCAACGCAUUGCACUUGGCAGCAAAGGAAGGACACAUGGAGCUGAUCCAGGAGUUACUGGACAGGGGGUGUUCAGUUGAUUCUGCAACCAAGAAAGGAAAUACAUCUCUCCACAUCGCUUCACUAGCAGGACAAGGAGAGGUUGUAAAGAUGCUGGUCAAGAGGGGAGCAGACAUUAAUGCCCAAUCUCAGAAUGGAUUCACUCCUCUGUACAUGGCUUCUCAAGAAAACCAUUUAGAUGUUUUGCGAUAUCUUUUGGAGAAUGGUGGAAACCAGAGUACAGCAACAGAGGAUGGCUUCACGCCUCUAGCUAUUGCACUGCAACAAGGCCAUAAUCAGGUGGUGUCCAUCCUUCUAGAGAACGAUACAAAGGGCAAAGUACGUCUCCCUGCCUUGCACAUUGCAGCCCGCAAGGAUGACACCAAAUCUGCUUCCCUGCUGCUCCAAAAUGACCACAAUGCCGAUGUUCAGUCUAAGAUGAUGGUCAAUAGGACAACUGAGAAUGGGAAGAGUGGAUUCACACCCCUGCAUAUCGCUGCUCAUUAUGGAAAUGGAAAUGUCGCAACACUGCUCCUCAAUCGAGGGGCUGAUGUGGACUUCACUGCAAGGAAUCGGAUCACGCCACUACAUGUUGCAUCUAAGAGGGGAAACACUAAUAUGGUUCAUCUGCUGUUGGACAGAGGGGCUCAGAUUGACACCAAAACAAAGGAUGGCCUUACCCCUUUACACUGCGCAGCAAGAAGUGGGCAUGACACAGCAGUGGAGCUCUUAUUGGAGAGAGGAGCCCCUAUUCUGGCCAGAACCAAGAACGGUUUAUCUCCACUCCACAUGGCAGCGCAGGGUGACCAUGUGGACUGUGUCAAACACCUGCUGCAGCACAAGGCACCUGUUGAUGAUGUCACACUAGACUACUUGACAUCCCUCCAUGUUGCUGCUCACUGUGGUCACUACAGAGUUACCAAACUUCUGCUAGACAAGAGAGCCAACCCAAAUGCUCGAGCAUUGAAUGGUUUCACUCCUCUACACAUUGCCUGUAAGAAAAACAGAGUCAAAGUGAUGGAGCUCUUGAUCAAGUAUGGAGCAUUCAUUCAAGCUAUCACUGAGUCUGGUCUCACACCAAUCCAUGUGGCAGCCUUCAUGGGUCAUCUCAACAUUGUUCUUUUACUAUUGCAGAGUGGAGCUUCGCCUGAUGUUAGCAACAUACGUGGAGAGACCGCUUUGCACAUGGCUGCCCGUGCUGGACAGAUGGAAGUUGUAGGCUGUCUUCUGAGGAAUGGGGCCAUGGUGGACAAAAGAGCAAGGGAAGAUCAGACUCCACUUCACAUUGCAUCUCGUCUGGGAAAGACCAAGAUUGUCCAGCUCCUGCUACAACACAUGGCUCAUCCAGGUGCAGCAACCACUAAUGGUUACACCCCACUUCAUAUUGCUGCACGAGAGGGACAUCUGGACAUUACUUCAGUGUUGUUGGAGGCUGGUGCUUCUCACUCUUUAGCUACCAAGAAAGGGUUCACACCUUUACAUGUGGCAUCAAAAUAUGGUAGCCUGGAUGUGGCAAAACUGCUUCUACAGCGGCAGGCACCCCCUGACUUUUCUGGGAAGCAGAACGGUCUUACUGCUCUACAUGUUGCUGCUCACUAUGAUAACCAGAAGGUGGCGCUCCUGCUUUUGGACAAAGGGUCAUCUCCCCAUGCCACAGCCAAGAAUGGAUACACUCCCCUUCAUAUAGCAGCAAAAAAGAAUCAAUUGGAAAUAGCUACUACACUCCUGCAGUACGGAGCUGAGACCAACAUCCAGACCAAACAGGGUGUGAUGCCGCUCCAUCUGGCUUCCCAAGAGGGACACAGUGAGAUGGCAGCUCUGCUUCUGCAAAGAGGAUCUAAUGUCAAUGUAUCCACAAAGAAUGGAUUAACAUCCCUUCAUCUUGCUUCCGAAGAUGACAAAGUAGGUGUUGGUGAGAUUUUAGUUAAGCAUGGUGCCAACAUUGACCAACAAACCAAAUUGGGAUACACACCUCUUAUUGUUGCCUGUCACUAUGGAAAUGCUAAGAUGGUUAAUUUCCUGUUGAAGACUGGGGCAAGUGUCAAUGCUAAAACAAAGAAUGGUUACACACCUCUACACCAGGCUUCACAACAAGGCAACACACACAUCAUUAGUGUCUUACUCCAGCAUGGAGCCAAACCCAAUGCAAUCACUGUGAAUGGAAACACUGCUCUUGCCAUCGCACGUCGCCUCGGUUACAUUUCUGUGGUUGACACUCUGAGAGUACUCACAGAGGAAAUGAUCACUACAACAACGACAGUAACAGAGAAACACAAGCUAAAUGUGCCAGAGACCAUGACAGAAGUCCUUGAUGUGUCUGACGAAGAGGUUCCAAGACCGGCAGAUGAUGUGUCGGUGUCUAUGUCUGAUGAUGACUCUAUUGAUUUUGAAGGUGAUGACACCAUAACAGGUGAUGGUGGAGAAUAUUUUAGAGCAGAGGAUUUGAGAGAAUUAGGAGAUGACUCUCUACCUGAGCAGUACCUGGAUGGCUUGAACUACUUGCGCUUCAGUUUAGAAGGAAGCCAAUCAAACAGUCGCUUACAAUGUUUGGAUAGGUCCUACACAUCCACUUACCAAAGUUACUUCCCUGUAAAACAUUAUGGGAUGAUGGAGGAUAUGGUAUACAGUAACAAGGUGUCUUCUCUUGCAAGAGAAAAUGAAAAGGAUUCAUAUAGCUGGGAAAUGGAAAACUUGGACAACAUAGCACUUUCAUCAAGUCCUGCUCAUUCCGGCUGUUGUUCUCCAUGUCAUGACCAUGACAAUAGCAGUUUCUUAGUAAGCUUCAUGGUGGAUGCCCGUGGAGGUGCCAUGCGUGGAUGCCGUCACAAUGGUCUACGACUGAUCAUUCCACCAUGGAAAUGCAGUGCCCCUACUCGAGUCACCUGUAGACUGGUCAAAAGGCACCGACUGGCAACCAUGCCCCUCAUGGUAGAGGGUGACGGUCUAGCUAGCAGGCUGAUUGAGGUUGGACCCUCUGGAGCCCAUUUCCUUGGUAAGCUUCACCUCCCUACAACCCCGCCCCCUCUGAAUGAGGGUGAGAGUUUGGUUAGCCGCAUUCUGCAACUGGGCCCACCAGGGACAAAAUUUCUGGGGCCGGUGAUUGUGGAGAUCCCUCACUUUGCGGCUCUAAGAGGAAAAGAGAGGGAGCUGGUGAUCUUACGCAGUGAAACAGGAGAGAGUUGGAAAGAGCAUCAUUGUGAGUACACAGGAGAAGAGCUCAACCAGAUCCUCAACGGCAUGAAUGAGGGACUGGACCCACCAGAAGAGUUGGAGAGAAAGCGAAUCUGUCGCAUUAUCACUAGAGACUUUCCACAGUAUUUUGCUGUGGUGUCAAGAAUUAAGCAGGACAGUAAUCUCAUUGGUCCAGAAGGUGGAAUUCUGAGUAGCACAGUGGUCCCUCAAGUACAGGCUGUCUUCCCAGAGGGAGCUCUCACUAAGCGCAUCCGUGUAGGCCUGCAGGCUCAACCAAUGAGUGCUGAUGUAGUGAGGAAGAAUUUGGGUAAUAAAGCCACAUUUGGCCCUAUAGUCACUCUGGAACCGCGGAGGAGGAAAUUCCAUAAACCCAUAACCAUGACCAUCCCUGUCCUGAAGAGCUCCACUGACCCAAUCCUUGGCGGCUUUGAAGGUGGAGAUACUCCUACAUUAUGUUUGCUAUGCAGCAUCACAGGUGGGACCACUCCUGCUCAAUGGGAGGAUAUCACUGGGACUACACCAUUAACAUUCACCAAUGACUGUGUGUCUUUCACCACAAACGUGUCUGCCAGAUUCUGGCUUAUAGACUGCAGGCCGGUGCAGGAGUCGGUGAACUUCGCCACUCAGGUGUAUCGUGAGAUCAUCUGUGUACCUUACAUGGCCAAAUUCGUCAUCUUUGCCAAAACACAUGACCCUAUUGAGGCACGAUUGCGCUGUUUCUGUAUGACUGAUGAUAAAAUACACAAAACUUUGGAGCAAGAAGAGAACUUCACAGAAGUGGCACGUAGCCGAGAUGUGGAGGUAUUAGAAGGAAAACCAAUCUAUGUAGUCUGUUUUGGAAACCUGGUUCCUCUAACAAAAAGUGGCCAGCAUCAUUUUUUCAGCUUCUAUGCCUUUAAAGAGAAUCGACUGGCUCUUCUUAUCAAAAUGCGAGACAACACUCAAGAGCCUUGUGGACGUUUGUCCUUCACAAAAGAGCCAAGAUCUUACAGGACUUUGACUCAUAAUGCAAUAUGCAAUUUAAACAUCACCCUGCCAGCUUACUCAAAGGAGUCAGAUUCAGAUCAAGAACCUGAUGAGGAGACAAUCCGAAUACUUGAGAAAUAUGAUGAAGACACUGAAAAAACUGAAACAUCAUUCCUGAAAACACAAUUGAUCCGAGACUCUCCUGCUCUUGCAAGUCCAGAUUUACUCUCUGAAGUGUCAGACAUGAAACAAGAUCUUAUCAAAAUGACUGCUAUUCUGACCACUGAUUCCUCAGUUGAAACAGGUCCCAUGCAAGGGGAUUAUUUAGAUAAGAGGGUGGAGGAGGUGUCAGUAGAGCCUUUUGAGAUAAUGGAAAAAGUCAAAGAGGAUUUGGAGAAAGUUAGUGAAAUUCUGAGAAGUGGAACAUAUGACACGGAAGGUCCAUACAGGAAGGAUGAGGAGUGGGUUCUCCUAACAGAAAGUGAAAUCGAAGAGGCAAAAAUGAUGGCUGCCUUUGAAUCUCAGGAAUCACUUCUCAAGGAAGUUCGAGUAAACAGAGGAUCACAGAGAACAAAGGGUGCUAGGGACAGGCCUGGCAUAGAGACUGUUCCAAGUGCUGAAGUUAAGGAAUACUUAUUGUAUGCACCUGAAAUAUCUAGGCCUACAUCCCAAGAGCCUCCAUUACAGCAAAGGUUCACUGAGGUUGUUCUGCGCAGAGGUGGUCGGAAAAUAGUCCCUACAAUGGGAAAAGACACUAAGGCCCAUACAACAGAAGUAAAAAAGCCCAUCAGAAGAAAAGGGCCUCAAGGGCAAACAGAUGAAACCCAGUCAUUUAGAACAAAAGAAAGCAUUGCAAGUAAAAGUGCCGGGAAGUCUUCUUCAGUUGUCAAAGAUCAGAAAACAUCAGGCAUGAAAAAACAGACUUCCUCACCCCAGAAACAGUCUCCUUCUAGGUCACCAAGCUCGGAGCCUGGGAGACUAAAAGAAACCUUGUCUGUGAGAGAACUAACAAGAGCAUUUCAAACAGGCCAAGACCCCUCAAAAAGAAAAUCUGGGCUCAAAACAGAAUGCACAAUAGUGAGUAAACCAGAGGGUAUCCUCACAAAGUCACAAAGUCUUCCCCAAGCACCCUCACAUGAAGAAGUGUCUCUUGAUGUUUUAAAGUCUGAAGAUCAACAUGAAGAAAAAGAAGUCCAAAUUAGUCCACACGUAAAAUACUCAGAAGACACUGAAGAAGAUAUGAGUCAAAAGAGUCAUCAGCAUCCACAGGAAAAGAGUGGUAAGGCUUUGGUUUCUGGAAUAGUGUCAGCAGGUCAUUUUUAUCACUCAAACAUGACAACAGCAAUUUCUCAAAAUUUGUCAGAACAGUGCAGAGAUCUACUGCCUGAAAAUGGUACAGAGAACUGUGCAUUUGAUGACAGAUUUGACAGAGUUAGACAUGAAGCAUUGAUUGACUCACCCAAUGCCAGCAUAACUGACGUGGAAGGUCCAUUGAGUUCUGAGGAAAAUUGCAAACAGGAGGACAUGGCUGCGACUCCAGAAACAAGCCCUGGGAGCCUCUCAUUAUCACCGAAAAAAACAGCUCAGCCUUUACUUGCAAAGACCUCAAAACCAGUAGCAGUCACCCCUAAAGCCAAGACAAGUAAAGUAUCGGUUUCUUUUUCUACUGAGAUGAAGACAACUAAUGAUCAGGCAUCUGAUGUUACAGUUCAUCAUAAAUUGUUGAGCAAAGCAGUGGAUGAACCAAUAAAAAGUGAGUCUAUGUCUAUUUCUCAUGGAAGCAGGGGGGUGAACUUUGAAAGUGAACAAACUUUUGUUGAUAAGGACAUUGUUUCUGUAUCAUCCAAACCAUCUAAAUCUCAAAAACUGACAAAAAGAACAUCUGAAACACUAGAGUGUUUUUUGAGUGAUGAGGAAUCCUUUGAUGGUCAACCAAUACCAACCUCUGCUGACUCCCUGGCCUCAAGAGUAGCUACACAGGAUCAUGGUGGUUUAGUACUACCUCUUAGACACCAAGAUUCAGAGAACCUUAGUCCAGUAGCUGAUGACUCUUUUACUAUUAGCCACAAUGACUCUUUAGAGGGUAGUCCCUUGAUGGAAGAGAACUCUUCCCAUAAAACCCCAGACUCUAUUGAGCCUAGUCCAACAAAAGAAUCCCCAUGUCGUGACACUUUAGAAAGCAGCCCCAUAGAGAUGAAAACCAGCCUGGCUUUUCCACCUACAGUAGAACAACCCAGUGUGACCACAGGGCCUCUGACAACCUCCAACCCCCCUGAAAUCCCACCAGACAGUUUGUGUGGUAGAAUGCUCGAAGAACAGGAGGGUAAUGUUGACGAUGACAGUUGUGAGCAGACGUCCCUGAUGACGAGUUCGGGUAAGAGUCCUCUCUCACCUGACACACCAAGUUCUGUAGAGGUAAGUUAUGAGGUCAAUCCCAAAACCCCUGACCCCAUGAUCCUGAUAGUUCCCUUUAAACCAUCAGUAAUUCCAGAGGAGACAGUAGAAGAUGAUGAGUUCAAGUGUGGACUGACACAAAGGAAAAUUGCUCCAGAGGAAGAGAUGUUUAAAAUGGCUGCCAAAAUAAAAACAUUUGAUGAAAUGGAACAAGAUGCAAAAGACAAAAAGGACAAUAGAAAAGAUAGUGAAUUCUCUCAGACCUUGGUAUCAUCUGAUGCAGGAGAUGACAGUUUCAAACUAUUUGGGCUUGCAUCCAAACAUGAAACAUCCUCUGUGAAUGAUGUCGGGUUUAGUGAACUCAAAUAAGCCUCAGAGAUAGCACAGUCUGUUGAACCGAUCAUUAAAGUACAACCUCCCUCUCCUUUUCCAGCAGGUAUUCAUAAGAGCCCCCAAACACCUGAGGAAAUUCAACUAAUCAUGGCCCACAGUGCAACAUCUUCAGCUGAAUCAGCAAUGAGGAUACCUCAGUCUGUCUCAGAAAAGCACACCAUAAAACCACAACUUCAAGAAUCUCAUAGUGAGAAAUUUAAGGACAAAGGUUAUGUUGAUUCAGAGUUAGUACAGCUGAACAAAACUGCAUCUAACAGCAAACAUCUGGUUGCAAAUAUAACUGAUGAGCAAAAACAGCAAAACUUAAAAAGAUCAAAAGGAAUUCAAGAAAUGUACAGUCAUGAACAACAGAAGGAGGCAGCUAAUUGCCAAAAUGUUGACUGCAAACCAUAUGGUCAGGAAGAGUCUAAUGUAACGGAUGAGAUUAAAGGGGAUUUCAUGAGGCAUGCAGGGACAUCUUAUUUUGAUAUUUGUAGUGGCAGCUUUGAUACCGAUUCUAUUCCAAUUAUUAUUGGGCAAACAAAUGAAACGUUUAAACCAGAAAUAUGUAUUUAUGAUGACACAGAGGAAGAUGAUGCUGAGGAGGAACUUCCUAAGACUGAAUCUAGAGGAGUGACAGCAAAAGCAGAGAUAGAGACCUGGAAUUCAAUGCAAGAAGAAGAUGAUGCAUUUGUAGCAAGAGUCAAAGAAGAAGAGCAAAAGAUCUUGGGUCUGGCUGUAGAUCGGCAUUCCCAAGGGGCUACUCCAGACACAACACCAGCACUGACACCCACUGAGGAGGGUACACCAACAAGUGAACAAAAUCCUUUUCUUUUUCAAGAAGGAAAACUUUUUGAGAUGACAAGAAGUGGUGCGAUAGACAUGACAAAAAGGAGUUAUGAGGAGGAAGGUUUUGCAUUUUACCAAAUAGAGCAACCCAUUGUAGAAGUCAUAGCUGAAGAAGGAGGCAAUGAAGUUGUUAGAACAUCCAGUGAUGCUGAGAAUGAGAUUGGUUGUAACCCCUCUUUGCAAAUAAAAGCAGAGGCGGAUGAAGACCUCAUUAAAGAGGCUGCAGAUUUAUCUGUGCAUGCUCCUGCUAGUCAUAACCUGGCUACAGCUACAAAGUCAGAUUUUUCAGAGUCUAAAACCCCCACCAAAUUGGAUAUUUCUGCCUUAACCAAAACCUCAGAGAAGGACCAAACAAUGUUAGAGAUUAAAUCAGACAAAGUUAUGAGUAAGAAACAUUUUGUAUCAGAUCCUGGUUCCUCUGACAUUGACAUAGCCAAUGUCCAGACAGCAGUGUCUACAGUUACUAGAUCAGUUUGUUCCCAACAAGACCAAGAGUACUCAGAUUCCUCCCCAGAUGAUCAACACUCAGUAAUAGAACAAACCCAACCCCCUGAAAAAACAGAAUCCCACAGUAAACUUGUCUCUAAACAUUACACUGCAGCAUCUCUGUCAUCUAUGCAUAGAAAAUGUAUGUCCACCUCCAAAGAGGAAGAGAAACCAAAAUCCCGAAUUCCUGUUAAGGCCAGCUCCCUAAGGUCUGAAUGUGUAGAACUUGCCAAGGUCAAGAAGUCAAAGUUGCCCAUGAAACCUCAAUCAAGGAGAAAAUCUGAGAAAGACACAGGCCCAUCCAUAGCCUCCAGUUUAACAAAGUUUCCUAAAGCCAAGAGCUUCUGUGAAAGUAAUUCCACCAAAAAAACAGCCAAAAAGGACCAGAAUUGUCCAACAAGCACUGACCUAUCAAGCGCAACUAAGACACUUCCUUCAAGAUUACCAAUUAGGGGAAAGCCUGCUCAACCAGUUCAAACUUUCACACCAACAAAACAAAAAAAGGUCCAACAAACUGACACAAACAAACAGUCCAUUCCAUUUUUUAAAGAGAUUAGUCAUAAGGCAGAUAAGGUAGUGGAUAGAUUAGCUCAGGCAGAGAAAGACAAACAGGAGGCUGUUGCCUUAUCUGACAAUGAAAGCAGCAUCAUCAAUGCCUCAAUAAUAGAGAGUGAACCUUUCACUUACAUCCAAGUGCCUUUCCCUGAGGAUUCCUUGGUUAUUAGGCCCAGAUGGGCCAACCCUGUUGAGACGCAGAUGGAACGAAUCCCUGCUGAUAGAAUCCAAAGUCAAGUAGAUCGACAGGAUGAGGCUGACAGGAAAGAGGAACGCAUGUCUAUAAUAGCAGACCACCUUGGUUUCAGCUGGUCAGAAUUGGCUCGAGAGCUUGAACUCAGUGAGGUACAGAUCAAUCAUAUAAGAAAUGAGAAUCCAAAUUCUCGUCAAGACCAAAGCCAUGCCCUCAUAAGGCUAUGGAAAGGAAAGGAGGGCAAAAAUACUACAGAGAACACUUUGAUGAGGACACUUACAAAAAUAAAUCAUAUGGACAUUGUUCAUCUCAUCGAAACAAAAAUAAUCCAGUCCAGUCAAGACCAGUCAUCACACACCUAUGCAAAAAUUGAGCAAACUGUAUCAUUGGAUCAUCGUGAAGGGUUUUCAGCCUUACAGGAGGACAUGGACAGCCCCAGGCCAGGUUGGCGAGCAGAAGUCACACAAAAAGGAUUAGAACUUGGACCUCUGGUGGGAUCUGUCGAGGAUCUCUCCUGCAAUGUAUCUUCCUUUGAUGAUUCCAAGGAAGAGAGGUUGCUGAAAGACAAAGAGAUGGAUUCAGAGGUGUUCGGGGCCUCUGCACAUAGUUCUUUUGAUAUGGUUGGACUAAGGCAACAAUUCCCAGGCACUAUCAAAAAAAUCCUCACCCCCUGCAUCAAUAGUGUCAGACACAGAUAUACAGAACAGUUUAUCUGA